AUCUAGCAGCCGAGACAGGCCGGGCCACGCCACGCCACGCCAGCUUAGCUUACCCACGUCGCCGCUAUAAGAACCCGAGCCCCCCCAUGCCCUGCCGCCCACAUCCACACGCCACAGCGUCUCGCUCUCGCCUCGCCACCACACAGCAGCCGCCCAUAGCACGAGCUAACCUACGCGAUCGAACCGUAGUGCGAGUGUGGCCAGUGCCGAGGAGAGACAUCCCCUCGAUCUCCUCUCGUACGUUCUCGUUGCCCCGACACCCUCGACCGCUGGAGUAGUGGGCUAAGCUAUUGGCAUUGCAAUCCCUCUGUUCGAUCAGUUGAGCUAUUCCUGCGACCAAAAUGCUGCACGAGGCGGCGCCGUGCACGUGCGGGCUGCUCUACGGUAGCUGCGGUGGCAGCUGCUCGCUACUGUUCACCGCAGCGGCGGGGGAGCACCACCACUACUACAAGCAAUGCGGCGGCGACGGGGAGGCCUUCAGCGGGCCGUACGGAGUCUCGGUGGACUGCACGCUGUCGCUCGGCACGCCGUCCACGCGCCGCGCCGAGGCGGGGGCGCGUGCGCCGGCGGCUGGCGGGCUGCAUUGGGAAGCGGCCAUGCCCAUCUGCAACGGCAGGCCGCAGGAGAGCGGUGCGGCGCGCGCUGAGGCUAACGCUUCGGGUGCCGCGUCGGCUCGCCGGUGCGCCAACUGCGACACGACCUCCACGCCUCUAUGGAGGAACGGGCCUCGCGGACCCAAGUCGCUGUGCAAUGCGUGCGGGAUCCGGUACAAGAAAGAGGAGCGGCGCGCGGCGGCCGCGGCGGUGGCACCGUCGGCUCCGGCGUCAGACAAAGGAAUGGAGUACGCGUACGGGUACGCGCGGCAGCAGCAGCAGCAGCAGUGGGGUUGCUACGGGCCCGCGGCCGUGUCAAAGGCGGCAUCUUUCGGGAUGUUCGGCGACGCGGGCGCCGAGGUGGACGGGCCGUGCCUGCCGUGGGGUCUCGGCGUCAUACCGUCGUCGCCGGCGUUCGGGACCGUCCGGGAGAUGCCGAGCCUGUUCCGGUACUACUAGCUAGAAUGGUAGGCUACAAGUCCGAAGUCUCUUUUUUCUUUCACCCCUUUUAGUACUACAAGAUGCUGCACUUCUUUUUGACGGCACGAGAUGCUGUACUUGACCAACGACCGCAGCUGCAUCAAAAGCGGAAGCCGAUAUGGACCAAUCCAAUUUCUUCUCUUUGCUGCAUGACGAUUCUUUUUCUCGUUCGAGCCCAUUUUACAGUAGUUAUGUCUUGUUGUUUGAGCCAUG